AAUGCAUUAAAGAAUACUUACCAAUGAAAGUCCAUAUCAUAGAUAAAUCUAUAUGAGACCAAGACUUUAAUCUUAAGACCCAGGACGUAGGGUCUUAACUGAAAAUGAUACCAAGACUAAUAUAUCAAGAAAACUCACCAAAUUCGACUUUGAUUCUGUUCUUACUAUAAGAACAAGUAAAGGAAGCAAGAAAUUCAAACCACAACGCUUUGAAGUUAAACCUAUAGUAAAACAUUUUUGCAAACAUUUAGAAAACUGAAGUCGACUCAGAUUUGGAGACUUAUUAAAGAAUGAUUCUAGCAAAAUUGAAAGAAAAGAAUAUUCUACCUAAAUAACGCUCUUUAAGCAAUGCUACAACAUAAUAAAAGAGCUAAGAUAGAUAUGCUUCAUUAGAUUCAUAAAAUAGAAUUAACAACAAUAAUAAAUAACCUUAGAAUGUACAUCCAAAGAUUUUAUGGGAUCUCUCCGAUGAAGAAUGGUAAUCAUUUGGUGAUCGCUUUCCAUAACACUUUGAAAAAAAGAAGCUUCUUGGAAGAGGAGGAUUCUCUUUAGUCUGGUUAGGAGAGCACAAAAGAACUAAAGAAAAAUUUGCUAUCAAAUAAAUUCUUUCUACCAAUACUCAUCAAUCUCAUAUGAAAGAAAUCCAGUUUGGUAUCCACUUCUUUCAAGAUGGACAACCCAAAAAACAAUUUACCAAUUUCCCAGGUUGCAAAAAUUUAGUACGCUUUCUCACAUAUGAUAUUAAACCUUAAGACACUUGGAUCUUUUAAGAAAUAUGUGGAGAAAGUCUUGGAAAUUAACUCUAUGAUCUUAAAGGAAAAAAUGUUAAUAAUGAACGCAUGUAUAGGGUAUAUAUAUUUCAUUCUAUUUUAGUUGACACAUAAACCUCUCUAUAAUACAUUCAGAAAAGACUUAACCGAACUUAAAAAACUUAUUCGAGAAUUGGCUCAAGCUCUAGAUCUACUAUAAGAUUAAAGAAUUGUACAUUCUGAUCUUAAAACUGAAAAUAUCCUUGUAAAAAAAAUUAAAAAUGAAAAUGAUCUACAUGAACUGACUUAAAUUAAAUUAAUUGAUUAUGGAAGUAGUUUCCCUUUUGAUGAUUUAAAAUAAUUCUCCAUGGCCACACCAGAGUAAUUCAUUUAUUUUAUUUAAGAUACAUGUGUCCUGAAAUACUCAACUAUAUCUUAUAUGAAAAUCAAAUGAAUUAUCGUCCUUGUUUAAUGAAGUAUUUAAGAAAUUAUAAAAAACCUUGGGUUAUUGAUGUGUGGUCUCUUGGUUGUGUAAUUCUAGAAAUCAUAUCAGGAAUACCUCUUUGGAUGAGUCUUAAAACUAUAGUCUCAAAAAAUGGAAAAGAAGUUAUAGAUUAUGGACUUUUUGCUGUUAAGGGUCGAGUUUUUGAUAAAAUUAUAGAUCGUCAAAUGGAAGUUAUUUCGAAUUUAGAUACCUAUAUUGAAAAAAAUUAUUCUGGUAUUAUCAUUUAUUAAUUAAUCAGGAUUGAAAAUAGAUAAUCAAAUACGAUUUAUUUUAAAAGAAAUGUUAAAUUUAGAUCCAGAGAAACGAUUAUCACCAAAGUAAAUAGUUGAAUACUUAUCCACAAAAAAAGAAUACAUUAUAACUUAAUGA